GCAGAAGUGGAGGAGGCCGUCGCCGGCAAGUACAAGUACUGUCAGGGGUACAAUGGCAUCCAAUGCUCCUUUGGCGCUGAGGGUAGGCCCGCGCAGCCCCACGGCCCGGCGCGUUGCCUGUUCUGCAACCCGGAGCACCUGCAAGAAGCUCUAAAUGCUCCCCUCCGCGCGGCCGCGGCGCGCAGACGCUUUGCACAGCUCAGCCCAGAAGCGCAAGAAGCAGUGCUGGGGCGCGUUGUGCGGCCGGAGCACCGUGACCAACUGGCUGCAGCCCAGCCCCUGCUCGAAGCAGAAGAACCGGCGCCCAGAGCCUAUCGCCGGCAAGACCAGUCCUGGCGCGGAGCAGCGCCCUACACCCCGGAGGACCUUGCAGCGCGUUACAGCGCGGGCGCCGCGGCGUGGGAAGAAGUGUUGCGGCAAAGGCAGGCUGUCGCAGAGCCCGAGGUCGCCGCGGUGGAGUACCGGGUCAAGGUUGUCGAUGAUCGCCGCAAGAGCUUGAACAUGAUGCAGCAAGCAGAGCCGCGACUGCCGCGCGGCGCGGAAGUCUCGAACGAGGAUAUUGUGGCCAAGGCGGCUGCCACGCGCCUGGCGGCCAACUUGCAACUCUGGGCGGAGUUCAACUCCUGGCAGGUCUGUGACUCAUGCGGCGCUCUGCAGCCCAGGGACCUUUCGCCGGCUGGCCUUCGCGGCCUCCUCCGCCCGCACUGCGACGCCAGGCAUUGCAUCUUUUGCCGCAGCGCGCGUCCCGCGCCUCGGCCCCAGCCGCCGCCGGAUGCCUUGCGGAGUCUCUCGCUGGAUGUGCGACAAGCGCUGCAGCCGGCAGAGCCGGACUUCGGGCGACGGCUACAGGCAGCACGCGCCUACGCGGAUUUCUACUGGGAGCACGAGAGCUUUUUGGCCAACAACGCGGGGUGCGACGCUCGGGCGCGGCGCCGCUGGCUGCGCUUCAUGGAGAAAGAGGGGCUGGAGUGCGCCCUGUGGCCAGAUCUGUUCCUGGAGCGGCAGCACUGCUUGACCUGGGCUCGGCUGCAGAGCAGCAGCCGGCAAGCCCGCGGCAGCGAGCGCAGCACCUUGGAGGAGCGCUUGAACUUUGACCCGUUGGGCGAAGCAAGCCCGCCGGAAGAGGCAACCGGCCCAAAGCGCUCGUACAUGGCCCUGGUGUUGUCGCCUAUCUUGGAUUUCAGCCUCUCCUACGAACUCCUGCACUUUGCCUUUGACCUUGGCUUGUGGACAGACCUCGGAGCCAAACGCAACCUCAACCUGGGGACACCGCUCCGGUUGCUACUCAAAGGCCACAGCUUCUCCUCGGAGUACUGGCGCGACAUGCACCGCGCGCUGGUGGACCUUACGCGGCAGAAGGGCUACCCGCCUAUCUUCGCGACGCACAGCCCGCUGGAGUGGUCAUGGCCCAACCAUUGCCACAUUCUGGACGCCAUGCGCAAAGGUCGGCGAGGCAGGGACAUGGAGGCGCUGCGCCUGGAGCGCUGUGUCCAGGCAACACUGGAAGUGGAGCCGGCCUCUUUGCGCGGCUUCGUCGUGGCCUCGCAGCUCGACGGCAACGGCAAGUCUGGUCUAACUGCAAGCCGCUACAACUCCAACAUCCGGGCUUACGAGUUCUUUCACAAUGCGGAAGACCACUCCAAAGGCGUCCGCGGUUAUUUCAGCCCCCUCAUGGAAGUGACCAAAUGUCACCAAGAUGUGCAGGUGGACCAGCGCGGGCAACAGAACUACGCGGCCUACACCGCCAAGUACGCCCCGAAAUUCAGCGACUCGAUGGAGGAAGAGCUGCUCAACGACGAUGCGGACGCGAACUCCAUCGCGGCCUCCGUUCUCUCCCGCUACAAGCCCUGCGUCCCGGAGAUGGCCCUGCAGCUCUUUGGCUCCGUCUUCCGCCAGUGGCACAUUGGCACCCGCAGCGGAGGGCGGCGGGCGCUGAACGUCCCAACGCCCGACGUCGACCCCGCGCCUAAGGUUGUAGAGCUCUACGAAAACAGCGCCUGGAGAGCUGACAACAUGACGUUGCUGGACUACCUGCGGAAGACUAACGACCAGGGCGAGAUUGCCGGCUGGCUCAAGGCGCAAUGGCGAUCCGCGGGGCAGCCGGACACUUUACAGAACUUCGCGAACGCCUACCGCCCGCAAGGUGAGAAGGUGGUUGCUUGCGGAGUAGGCUCGCGACUCCGCGACAAGUUCUAUGGCCAACGGCUGCUCUUGAAUGUGCCUUUCCGGACCCGAUCUGCUUUGCUACUGCCGGAAGUUGCAGAGCGCGUGCCGCCCGCUGACCGCUGGCUGGCCACGUGCGUUUUCUGUCCCCAAGCCGAGGCAAGGCAAGUCUGGGACAGCGAGGCCGCCGUCGAGGAAGACAUGCUGCUGGAAGGCCACGGACGCUUGCACAGGCAAGAAGUCCUGGGCUACUUCCGUGCGCAAAGCGCGCUGGUGCGCCAGUACAUGUCCGGCGCCUUGCAAAAGCCAGCGCCGCGCCCAGCGGUCACACGGCCCGGCCGGACGCACUUCCUGCCCAUCCAGAACAGGUAUGCGGAGCUCAUUGCGACGGGGGCCAAGACUGUUGAGGUUGCCGCGCUAGUCAAGGCCGGCGACCGACUUCGCCUUGGCCCGGUCCACUGCAAGGUCACUGAGAUCAACAACUACACCUCCUUCGAAGAGAUGCUGCGCAGCACACCCUGGCAAGCGGCAGUCCCCGACGUCAGCACCUUGCAGGAGGCCUUGGAAGUCUACCACAGCUUCGCCAACUACGAGGACCUGGCCCAACGCUGCGGCGUCCUAGCCUUCCACGUGCAGCUUGAGGAGACCAACCCCGAGGCGCCCGCCUGGAACGCCGAACAGGGCCGGUGGCUGCGGCUCAUGGAAGAAGACCUUGCGCGGGCGGCAGCAGUGCACUUUGCCAGCACGGAAGCGGAAGCGGACGCGGCCCGGGCAAAGACUUGGCAGUGCAACCGCAUCCGUGCUCUGGAGGGGCCGCCAGGCACGGGCAAGACCACCGUCGCCAAGGAGCUCGUGGAGCAAGCUGUCGGCCAAGGGCUUCGGGUGCUGUGGACUGUCUACACGGCGCAGCUGGCCUCGCGGAUGCGGCAAGAGUUCGGCGGCGGUGUAGACGUGGACACCUGCCAUGCGGCGCUGGGCCUGGACCAGGAGAUUGCGGAAUGCGGCCUAAACCUUGCCUGCUACGACCUUGUGAUUCUCGACGAGUUCAGCCAGCUGGAGGCUCGCCACUUUGCUCACGCCGUCCACCUGCACGAUGCAGUGGACAAGACGCCGGCCUUCGGUUUGCUUGGGGAUCGCCGGCAAAUGGCCGGCUACGGGACAGAGCGCCCGUGGCACUCGCCGCUUUGGCGGGCAGCCGUGCACCAAACCCAGCUUCACGUCCUGUUUCGCUGCAAGGACGAGAAGUUCCGGCGCGUCUUGGGCGCCUUGCGGACUGCCAAGCCAACCGCCACGGGGCCACGCGGCAGCGUCAGCGUCGCAGACAUCGUCCGCGGCCGCCGGGCGUGGAGGGGUGGGCAGCCCAGGACAGCGGACAUCGCCCGCUUGCUGCGCGACCACUCAGACACAACGCUCUUGGCCAUUACCCGCCGAGGCGCGGCAACCUUCAACAACCUGGCCGUUCAAGCCAUUUUCUCGGGCCGUCGCCCAGUGGCCACACUGGAUGCGGAUGUCGAGUCCAACCCGGAGAACUACACCGCGACAGGCCAGCUGAAGCCCGCGAAGGACCUGAUUCCCACGCGCCUGGCGGUCUUCGAGGGCAUGGCCAUCUACACGACCCUGAACGUGGACAAGGCCCGCGACUUUGUGAACGGGAUGAAGGCCUUCGUCGAAUCUUACGACCGCGCAGCUUGCGCGCUGAUCGCAGUCGCGGUCACUGCUGGCUACGGCAACACCGUACUCAAGGUGGCCGGCGCGGAGCUUCCCCACGUAGUCUUAUGGCUUGAUGUGGCCAACAUCCCUGGAGCUGCGUACACCGGCAUGAGCCGCGUAGCUCGAGGG